AUGCUCUCCCGCUCCAUUCAAUCAUCUCGGAUAAGCCUUCGAGCCACUACAUCUCUGACCCGGCCUUCCGUUCGGCAAAUCUUUGGCGAAACCAAUAAAAGUCUGGCGACCUUCAGCUCUCCCCGCACAAUCCCUGCGGACUCAAUUGCUCCUACAUCUCGUCUCUCUACCAUCACCCGACACUUCAGCUCCUCCUCCAAGAAACAGCAAUCAUCCAACAUGGCCCCCGUGGAAACGAAACAGUAUGACUACAUCGUCCUCGGCGGUGGUAGCGGUGGCAGUGGCAGCGCCCGUCGUGCCGCCGGCUGGUACGGCAAGAAGACGCUCAUUGUGGAAAGCGCACGGUCCGGUGGUACCUGUGUCAACGUGGGAUGCGUUCCUAAGAAAAUGACGUGGAACUUUGCAACCAUCAACGAGAUGCUGCACCUCGGAAAGAACUAUGGCUACGAUAUUCCUGAGAACAUCACCAUCAACUACAACCAAUUCAAGAACACCCGUGACGCCGUCAUCAAGCGGUUGAACGGCGCCUAUGAGAACAACUGGAACCGCGAAGGAAUCGACCUCGUUCACGGUCGUGCUGGUUUCGUCGAGCCCAACACCAUUGAGGUCAAGCUCGCCGAUGGCUCCGCUGCUCGCUAUUCCGCCCCCCACAUUCUGAUCGCAACUGGUGGCCGGCCCAAUCUCCCCGCGGUGCCCGGUGCCGAGCACGGCAUCACCAGCGACGGUUUCUUCGAGAUGGAGGAACUCCCUCCCAAAAUCGCCGUUGUCGGUGCUGGUUACAUCGCCGUCGAGCUUGCCGGUGUCUUGAACGCCGUUGAUGUCGAGACCCACAUGUUCAUCCGCGGUGAACACUUCCUGCGCAAGUUCGACCCCAUGAUCCAGAAGACUAUGACCGAUCGCUACGAGGCUGCCGGUAUCAAGCUUCACCGCCACCACCUCGGGUUCAAGGAUAUUCAGCUCAUCCGCGAUGGUAAGGGCAAGGACCGCCUGAUCAAGCUCGUUAACCAUGACGGCUCUGAGAUGGAGGUCAACGAGCUUCUCUGGGCUGUCGGCCGUGCCCCCGAGGUUGAGGACCUGAACUUGGACAUCCCUGGUGUUAAGCUGAACUCUGGUGGCUACGUCGUGGUUGACGAGUACCAGAAUACCUCAGCCGAGGGUGUCUACGCUCUCGGUGAUGUGACCGGUCAGGCCGAGCUGACUCCUGUUGCCAUCGCCGCCGGUCGCCAACUCGGUAGCCGCCUCUUCGGCCCUCCCGAGCUGAAGCACGCCAAGAUCUCCUACGAAAACAUCCCCACCGUCGUCUUCUCUCACCCUGAGGUUGGUUGCGUCGGUCUCACCGAGCCCGAGGCUCGUCAACGCUACGGCGACGACAAGAUCAAGAUCUACCACACCAAGUUCACUGCCAUGUUUUUCGAUGUUGGUUUGUCUCCCGAGGAGAAGGCCAAGAAUCCCACUGAGAUGAAGAUCAUCUGUGCCGGUGCCCAGGAGAAGGUUGUCGGUCUGCACAUUCUUGGUCUCGGUGUUGGCGAGAUGCUGCAGGGCUUCGGCGUUGCUAUUAAGAUGGGUGCCACUAAGCAGGACUUCGAUAGCUGCAUUGCUAUCCACCCUACUAGUGCCGAAGAGCUUGUGACUAUGCGGUAA